AUGUUGGUGGUCCAAAAUACAUCUAGAGCAGCCUCUGUGGCUGCUGUUGUAUCACUAUUAUAUAUACCAUUUUGUGUUGUUCUUUUGGUUGCAGAUGCUGCCUUGGGCUUCAUUAUCAUUCGCAAAGUAUCCUAUACUGAAAUCGACUGGGUCGCAUAUAUGGAGCAAAUAACUCAUGUAGUGGACAAUGGUCAACGAAAUUAUACAUUGAUUGAAGGCGGCACAGGCCCCAUAGUGUACCCUGCUGGCCAUGUUGCUAUUUACACGUUGCUUUGGGCCCUUACGGGCAAGGGUGCCGAUCUGCUCACUGCUCAAAAUAUUUUUCUUUAUCUUUACUUUUUGACCCAUGCUAUUGUUCUGCUAGGUAUUUACAGGAUUACUUCGAUUGCAGAUCCCGACCGAGAGUCUGAUCAAAGCUCAUCGGGCAAUCUUUUGCGGCCAUCGACAGGAGCUACUCGCGAACCAGCCAAAAAUCCUCUAGGAAACGCAGCUCCUAACCAAGACGAUUCAAUUAGUGCCAUUGCACGUGCUUUACCAGGUUAUGUCUGGGCCGCUGUUCUUCUUGCUCUUUCUAAAAGGUUGCAUUCUAUUUACGUGUUGCGAUUGUUUAACGAUUGUUUUGCCACUUUUUUUGUUGUGAUUGCAGUAGCUUUGACCCAACGUCACAAGUGGUCUCUUUCAGCUAUUUUUUUUUCUCUUGCUGUUUCUGUGAAAAUGAAUGCUUUAUUGUUCCUUCCAGGUGCCGCCAUUAUUUAUCUACAAGCAUUAGGCAUUUUUGGUGCUGCAAAACGUACAGCAGUGCCUUUUAUUCUAAUUCAAAUCCUUGUCGCACUUCCCUUCUUAGUCGACUUCUCACCUCUUACUACCCUUUUUAAAACUCAUUUGGCUGUUGCCUCUCUUCCACUUUACGAGCUUGGAAGAGCCCCAGAAACACCCCCCACAGUCAUCCAAACUCUUAUACCCUUGGCCGCGGGAUACCUUCAAGCACUCGGAUCUAUUCCUGUCACACAGUUCAUUGCCGCUGUUUCGCAGCUUCGAGUUUCACCAUAUGCUUUUGAUUAUCUUUCUCGUGCGUUUGAAUUUUCACGUGUGUUUCUUUAUAAAUGGACUGUCAAUUGGCGAUUUGUCCCUGAAGAUAUUUUCCUGUCUCCUGGAUUUGCAAAAUCUCUUCUGGGAGCCCAUCUUGCCACAAUUGUAUUUGGUUUCGCUUCACAUCGUGCAGGUUGGUGGCUUGCUCCAUUGAAACCUGCAAAAGCUGUCCGUGCAGCUCCUGGAGGAUCUGACUAUUCACUGGCAGCCCUUGUCCGGUCACUAUUUUUUGAAAAUAGUCGCGUCGUGCUGGCACGUCGCGUCUUUGACGGUAUGGAUCCCGACUACGUGCUAUCUACACUUGUAUCAUCAAAUCUGAUUGGUAUUUUAUUUGCACGAUCACUUCACUACCAGUUUUAUUCGUGGUUUUAUUGGACAGUGCCAUACGCCCUAUAUCGUGCAUCUAAAGUUUACUCUAUUCCCGUAGCACUAGCUAUCUGGGCUUCCCAAGAAUGGGCCUGGAACACUUAUCCAUCUACGAAAAUAAGUUCAAUUGUUGUUGUCAACUCGCUAGCUCUCAUGGUGCUUGGCUUAUGGCUUGAUGGGUUUAAAAAGUACCGUGCAGUGCGCAACAGUACAGGAAAGUUCAAAAAAGAUGCUUAA